UCUGAGUCUCCCAGCACCCAGCUUGCCCCCCGGCCCCAGCAAACACACAUCCACCCUUGUUCCAGUGGUUUAAAAUCUGAGCUGGGGAAUGGUGUGCUGAGGACCCUCUGGAGCACACUGUGCCUACCUACCUGGACCUGAAGAGACCCCAAGGCCCACGCCACCAUGGCCAACCCAGUGCAGCCUCAGUUUCAAGACCCAGGCUCCAUCUCACCCCUGGAGCUGCCUGAGAUGGAGAAGCUUCUCACCAAAGUGGAAAACAAGGAUGACAAAGCUCUGGGUCUGUCCAAGUCUCUGUCAGGGGCUCUGGACCUGGAGCAGAACGGCCACAGCCUGCCCUUCAAGGUAAUCUCCGAGGUGCACAGACAGCCCUCCCUCCCUGGCUCCCCUUCCCGGGCCAGCUCUCGGCGGGCAUCCUCUGUUAUCACCAACUCCUAUGCCCAGGACCAAGAAGCUCCCAAAGAUUACCUGAUCCUCGCCAUUGCUUCUUGCUUCUGCCCCGUCUGGCCCCUCAACCUCAUCCCUCUCAUCUUUUCUAUCAUGUCUCGAAGUAGUGUGCAGCAGGGGGACAUGGAUGGGGCACGGAGGCUGGGCCGCCUGGCGCGGCUGCUCAGCAUCACCUUCAUCAUCCUGGGCAUCGUUAUCAUCAUUGUGGCUGUCACUGUCAACUUCACAGUUCCAAAGUAACCGCCGAGCUGUUUCUAGGGGAGGCAGACGCCAGCCAGCUGGAGAGCUUCGAACCCACACAUCCCCACACAUCACAGAGGACAGGAUGGUGGCUGACAAGUCCCCACCUGUUCCCAAGCUCCAAAAGCACAAACUUGCAGGGAAACCUCUACAGCACUCCAUUGUCAGCCCAUGGCAGACGGGAAGGAAAAU